AUGGAGGACCUGCGUCAGCCCGAGACCACUCCGAGCGACAAGGGCGCUGCCGAGCUCGCCUUUGCCCACGCAGAUGCCGAGACGGGAGGCCUGUCCGGCCUCAGCGCCUGGUUCGGCGGCCGCAAGACCAAGGUCGGCCCCCGGAUAGCACCUCGCAUUGAGGGUGUGGGAGAGCACUCCGACAGCGAAGACAGCGCCGACGCGAUCUUGGGGAAGCAGCUCGCGGAGGAAGACGGACAUGCCAUCAAGUAUAGGACGUGCAGUUGGCAAAAGACUGCCGGCCUGCUCUUCUCUGAGUACAUUUGCCUGGCCAUCAUGAGUUUCCCGUGGUCAUACAGCAUCCUCGGGCUCGUGCCUGGACUGAUCCUCACCGCCGUUAUCGCUCUCAUUGUCCUCUACACUUCUCUGGUUCUAUGGCAGUUUUGCUUGAGGCACCCUGAGGUUAGAGACGUUUGCGACAUUGGUCAGAUGCUCUUCUGGGGCAAGAAAUGGGCAUGGUAUGCCACUGCUGUCAUGUUCAUUUUGAACAACACUGCUCUCCACGUCCUGGUCGGUGCCAAGUACCUUAACACGAUGACCGAGUCCGACCCCGUCGUCUGCCGAACUGUCGUCUUCUCCAUCGUCGUCACCAUCAUCUGCUGGGUCUCCUCGUUGCCCCGCACUUUCGACGCGCUCUCGAAAGCCGGCACGGCCUCGGCGGCCUUCACCUUCAUCUCGGUGCUUCUGGCUGCCAUUUUCGCCGGUGUCCAGUUGCAUCCUGCCGGCUACGACCCUCGAUCCUCGUACGUCGACAAGAAUGGCGUCACUCAGGUCGGCGGCAACCCGAUUGUCACGGCCCUCCCGCUGGCGUCAACCACAUUUGUGUCCGGCAUGAACGCCUUUUUGAACAUUAGCUAUACGUUCAUCGGUCAAAUUACGCUGCCUAGUUUCAUUGCCGAGAUGAAGGACCCUCGCGACUUUCCCAAGGCUCUUUGGGCUGUUACGAUUGGCGAAAUUAUCGUUUUCAGCAUCGUUGGUGCCGUUGUCUACGCCUAUGUUGGCAACCAGUACAUGACAGCUCCUGCUUUUGGCUCCCUCGAGGAGGUCUACAAGAAGGUGGCAUUCUCCUUCAUGAUCCCGACUCUCAUCUUCCUUGGUGUCUUGUACGCCAGUGUCUCGGCUCGCUUUCUCUUCUUCCGCUUCUUCAAGGGAACGAAGCACCUGCACGAGCACACCAUCAUUGGCUGGGGCUCGUGGGCAACCAUUCUCCUCCUCUCCCUCAUGUCGUCUCUGUUCGAUUCCUUCUUCGGCUUCAUCUUCUGGGGAGUAGCCUACUUCCGCAUGAGAAGUGCCGACAACCGCGCUGGGGUUCCGAAGCAGAACAAGUUUGUUGACUGGGCGUCCAUGGGUCUCAACGUCAUCAUCAUUCUCACUGGUGUUCUUUUCCUCACUGCUGGAACCUAUGCCAGUGUUGAGGGCAUCAUUGAAGAAUUCCGAGCGGGUACAGUUGGCAAGCCUUUCGGUUGUGCUUCUAAUGGGCUUUGA